GUAAAUAANCAUAGUGAAGAUGUUUUAUUAAAUAAUAUGUGGCAAAAUUACAUGAAGUGCUUAAAAAAGAGUUGAAAUUCUUAGUUCUCAUCUAAUAUUUUAUGAAAUUUGUUUGUUGAAUAUUUUUUCAAAAUUUUUAAUAACUAAGAAAUUUAAAAAGAGUUACAAUGUCAGAGACAAACACAAAAAAUUUCCUUCGUCAGCGUCAUUUACCGUUCGUUAAACACAUGCUAGAUAAAGUGAAAGACACUCAAUUCGAAGGAAAAUGGAAAAAACUUUAUGAAGUUAUAACUUCCGAUGAGACACUUUCUUUAAAACAAAUCAAAGAUAUCGAUUACACUAUCAAAGUUGUUCGAGAAAAAGUCAGUGGAGCUAAAAUCCCUCAAUUACCUCACCAGAAUUCUAAAAUCAAUCACGAAACUAGAAAAAUAAUUCUUAAAAACUCUACAACCUCAUCUCAACAUGAAUCUAUGGAUAUUUCGUCUGGAUUGUGGGAUAAUUAUAAGUCAAAAGAAAGUGAUACCGACAAUAACAAGUCAAUAAUUCCAACAAUAACUUGCUCGGAAAAGAAGUACAAUAGUAACAUCGACUAUUUGAAAGAGAAAUAUAAGAUAAAGGAUUGUUUUGUGCCGCUUAAAAGAUGUGUCCUCCAAAAUAAGAUGAGAGAAGUUAAACUUCCAACACCACACACUAAUCAAGCAUCCUCAUUUUCAUUUAAUUCACAAGUGACAAUUAAGAGUGAACCUGAAUUGGAUAUUCCAUAUGAAGAACCAAAAGAAUUCAAUGCGACUCCUGUGGUUGAAGAGUUUGAAACUGAAAUGGAAACUCCUAAAUUUAAUGAAAUUGUGGAAUAUCAACAAAAAAAGCCGAGACCAUCUGAAACAAAUGUCGUUCACAAACGAACAGUCAUUCACAUGCAUUACACUGUAAUCGAUUCAGUUCUUAGUUAUUGUUGUAACUUAUGUGUGCUUCAAACCAAGGAAUUUUGUUUUUUUGAGAAACAUCUCUACAGCCAACAUAAAAACUAUCGUUGGUUUGGAAAAUGUCGUGCAUGUCAAAAGAAUAUCAAAGAGAAUGCAAGCUCAUUAAUGGAUGAAUUAAAUCAUAUGGUGGUUGAUCAUAUACUUUGUGAAGAUUUUAUCAUCACCAACUUACCAGUCGGCAUGAAACGUGCUGACAGUUACAUGGCUUCAUUUUCGAGUAUUCGCAUCGCUCCACAAAAGGAAGAAAAAAAGCAAUUUCAUAAUUGUAUGAACGCUAUUCUUACUGCAGAUAUGACAAUGAGGAAGCUUCGACCAUGGAUGCAUUCAAUGAAUUUAACAAAUAGAAAAGUUCAUCGAGCUUGUAUCACUAUGUUGGAAAACUUUCAAUUGAAUGCUUUAUUCAAAUGCAUGGCGACGAAAUGUCUGUUUUGUACAAGCAGCAGUGAUCUUUUUCGUGAACAUUUAGAAAUUCAUAAUAAUUUACACCCAACAGAUUCUGAUAGUUUUUCUUUGUGUGCUUAUUGUGAAUAUCAAUCAGAAUCAGCCAUGGAACUUAUUGAACAUAUCAUGGAUGAACAUCAAAAGAGUCCAAUGCAAUGCUGUUUCUGCUUUUAUCGUUCAUUUGAUUUACAAAUGCGACUUCAUCAAUCAAUGUAUCAUCCAACAAAAAAUCCUUCAGUUAUCUUAAUUCACAACCCGAAACUUUCACUAAGACAUUCUGAUGACGAGUUGAUUGAAGUCAAAUUUAACAGCUCGAUAUUUGCUCCUGCAAUGUCAUGUUUUUUAUGUGCAUUCAAAUGCUUCAACAUUCAUAACUAUAAAAAGCACAUAGAGAGAUGUCACACAAGAAAUGUUCCGAGUAGAGAUUGUACAAAAUGUUCGCAAUCUGUAAUGUCUUCGACAACUAUUCGACAUCUCAGGAAAUGUUUCAAUUAUGGUGAGAAACAAUGUGGUUGGUGUCGCUAUGGAGCACCUACAACGGGUGCAAUAAAAUCACACAUAGCCAAUCAUCAUCCCAGUAAAACCGCUUACUUUUAUGAUCGAAUGGUUCCACUGAGUUCGCCUGGCAUUAAAUUCGUAGGAACUUUAGAAGAGUUCUCGUUAAACAUGUGCGGUGGUAAAUUGUUGAUAGUUCUGAGUUUAGUUACAGUUGUUCUGACGUCUAAUCGUCGAAAUAACUUGCGAAUUACUCCAGCUCAAGGUAUGUUUGAGCCGGACUUUUGUGAACUUUUUCCUGAUAUUGCAUUCUUUGCACAUGAAAAUUGCAAUCAAUUUUGGGGAUGCGAUGAAUUUAAUGAACCAUAUGAAGACUUUUGUCCGGAUGAUCAACCAAUUUUUGAUGCACAAGGACAAUUUUGUGGUGUUGAAGGAGAAGCAGUUUGUUGGAGUGACGUAGAUGAUAAUCCAGAUUAUCCAGACUAUCCAGAUAAUGGAGACUCUGAAUGCCCAUUAAACACCAAUGAAGUGAUUUUUCUUCCUGGUGAUCAUUGUGAUGAGUAUUACAUUUGUUUGAAUGGUGUUCCAAAUUUGGUCUUAUGUCGAGAUGGUCAACAUUGGAACAUUGAAAUGGAAUAUUGUGAUGAUCCAUCUAGAGCAGGAUGUGAUGAAACUGCUAUCGACGAUUCACCAACCCUCCCUGACUGUCGCAUUAGUUUUGUCGGCACACUUCCACAUCCAACAAAUUGUAAUUGGUUUGUCUAUUGCGAUAAUGGAAAUCGAUCAAUUCAACAAUGUCAACAUUUAUUCCACUACGAUGUAGAGCAAGAACGAUGUGUCUUCAUUAACAAUGCUCGAUGUAUAAAAGAUGUUCAAUAGAACUAAUUUGUGUUCGUUAAAAUACUUAUAUAAUAAAAAUUAUCCGUUAUCAAAAAAUUUCAUUAA